GGUGGCGUCCUGGCAUCGUGUUCUAUUUAAUGGUCACACUCAAGAGACUAUUCUAUUCUAAAUGACUCCCCGCAGAGGCUAACAGCUUCCGCCUCCUUGAAAGCACCGGAUAGGAGGAUGAUCCCUCUAGAGGACCGGUUCUAGAGUUAAUAUAAGAAUGAGUGUAUGGAGAGGCAGGCAACAGCACGAACAGCCACGCUUCUAGAAGGUUCUGAGCAGUGCGCAGGGUAGCGGCAGAGGGAGUAGGAAUGAACAGGCGAAGGACCCGGGGUCACGAGACCGUUGGGUGGGCGGAGCCAGCGGCCGGGGAGGUUCUAGUCUGUUCUGCCUCGCGGCAGCCGCCCCCUUUACGCGGUCACGCUGAAGUAGCGCCCGGGCCUGGAAUCGGGCCGCCUCCCGCCGCCGCUGGACUAUGGACCCCCGCAAAGUGAGCGAGCUUCGAGCCUUCGUGAAAAUGUGUAAGCAGGACCCGAGCGUUCUGCACACCGAGGAAAUGCGCUUCCUGAGGGAGUGGGUGGAGAGCAUGGGGGGUAAAAUACCACCUGCUGCUCAUAAAACUAAAUCGGAAGAAAAUACCAAGGAAGAAAAAACAGAUAGUAAGAAGGCGGAGGAAAACAUAAAGACAGACGAACCAUCAAGUGAGGAAAGUGAUCUAGAAAUUGACAAUGAAGGUGUGAUUGAACCAGACACUGAUGCACCUCAAGAAAUGGGAGAUGAAAAUGUAGAGAUAACUGAGGAGAUGAUGGAUCAGGCAAAUGAUAAAAAAGUGGCUGCCAUUGAUGCCCUAAAUGAUGGUGAACUACAGAAAGCCAUUGACUUGUUCACAGAUGCCAUCAAGCUAAAUCCUCGUUUGGCUAUUCUGUAUGCCAAGAGAGCCAGUGUCUUCAUCAAAUUACAGAAGCCAAAUGCUGCCAUCCGAGACUGUGACAGAGCUAUUGAAAUAAAUCCUGAUUCAGCUCAGCCAUACAAGUGGCGAGGGAAAGCACACAGACUUCUGGGCCAUUGGGAAGAAGCUGCCCAUGAUCUUGCCCUUGCCUGUAAGCUGGAUUAUGAUGAAGAUGCUAGUGCAAUGCUGAAGGAAGUUCAACCAAGGGCCCAGAAAAUUGCUGAACAUCGGAGAAAGUAUGAGCGAAAACGUGAAGAGCGUGAGAUCAAAGAAAGAAUAGAAAGGGUUAAGAAGGCUCGGGAAGAACAUGAGAGAGCCCAGAGGGAGGAAGAAGCCAGAAGACAAUCAGGAUCUCAGUAUGGCUCUUUUCCAGGAGGCUUUCCUGGGGGAAUGCCUGGUAAUUUUCCUGGAGGAAUGCCUGGAAUGGGAGGGGGAAUGCCUGGAAUGCCGGGAAUGCCUGGGCUCAAUGAAAUUCUUAGUGAUCCAGAGGUCCUUGCAGCCAUGCAGGAUCCAGAAGUUAUGGUGGCCUUCCAGGAUGUGGCCCAGAACCCGGCAAAUAUGUCAAAAUAUCAGAGCAACCCAAAGGUUAUGAAUCUCAUCAGUAAAUUGUCGGCCAAAUUUGGAGGUCAAGCAUAAUGCCCUUCUGACAUAAAGCCCUGCUGGAGGAAAAGCAACUUAGAUCACCUAAUGGAUGUUGCAAUAAUACAAACCAGUGUACCUCUGACCUUCUCAUGAAGAAAGCUGGGGUGCUUUGAAGAUAAUCCCUACCCCUUUGCCCCAGAUGCAGCUGAAAACAUUUUACAGCGGUUUGCCAUUAGGGUAUUCAUUCAGAUAAUGUUUUCCUACUAGAAAUUUAAAACUUUAAGCAAUUUUUAAACCUUAAAAAUAUUUAAAAUUAAAAAGGUAUAUUAACCCCUACAUUUUUCUUUACUAAUGAUUUUGAUUUUUUCCUUUGAAUUAAUUAGGCAAGUAAGAUACAUCAGUGUGGAAGAUUUGUUGUUCCAAGUUUGAAAUAAAGAUUUGUUAGUGGGAGGCAAAUACAGCAUUUAAAUAGAUAAAGUUUGAAUUGGACAUAUGGUUACUGAGGCAUUUUGAUUUGUCUUUUUAAUUGCUUUGUUAUUUUAUCUUAAAUGAUUUGCUUCUGUAACUCUUGGGACCACCAGUAUUGCAGUAGGACCUGGGGAGGGACUGGAAGUACUUGGCAGGGCAGCAGCCAUCUUACUAUAUUUUAUAUCACAUGUCCCCUUGUGCACAUGCAGUUAAAUCUUACACUGUGGUGAAGGGAUGGUUUUUAUAAUGCUGCAGUAAAAUUGGAUUGCUUAGCUCUGUUCUUGUCUGAUACCUAAAAUAAAUAUUUCGUAUUUCCACAUAGGGGAAAUAAGGGAAUGUUUUCCUUUCUGUAUUUCUGUGUUUAAAAAUGUCCUUUUCACAUCAAAAAAAUGCCCAAUUCUUUGUCUGCUUUUUCUGCUCAUUUUCACAGUUUUUUCCUCCUACUCUUCUUGGGCUAAAGAUGGUCCCUUUUUACUAACAUCACUGCUAUCAUCAUUCAUAGCAUAAUUGUGCAGGCAUAUUUAAUGCUGGGUUUAAUAUUUAAUACAACAGUGACUAUGUAGGGUAAUACCCAUAAUAGCUGCAGUUUCUUACUUGGCGAAGAGAUUUCAUAUUUAAGUGUUAGAUUUUCUCUUUGGUGAAAUCGUAACAUAUCAAAGGACCUUGGAAGAACGGAUUCCCUUUGAUGUUUGGUCUCCUACUUAGCAAAUACCUAUUGCAGUUUGAGUUUAUCUUGUAGUAUUAAUCUUUGGAGAAGUUUGAAUUGAUACACAAGGAGGGAAACUUGACUUCCUAAUCACUAAAGAAUUAAUGAGAUUCAUGGUGAUUCUUCAUUGUGGAGUUGUCAGCAUUGUGCAAGAUUCAUUGUUGUUUUUAAAUACUGCAACUCUCUUUACUCCCCUUCCCUCUCCUCCAAGGAUAAAGAAAAUGAUUUUCUGUUGUAUAUCCAAUUCUUACAUUAAAUGAGACUUAAGUCCAAGCACUGUAACAGGAAUUGCUAGGUUUCUGCUUACUAUCUUUCAAUUUAAAGUAUUAGUGUUUAACAGAAAUUUCAAGGGAUGAGACCUCCUGUACUUUGCUUAUUUGAGGAAUCAGUGGUAUGAGCAGUGAAGUAAAUUCCAUGGAAUACAUUUCUGAAAUCAUAAGUUACUUCAGGUUCUCACUCUUUGCUGUAUACAAGCAAAUAGAAAUGCAUCAGUGAAGUGAGAAAAAAUGCUGAUUGAGCAUGCGUUUUAAACCCUUUAGAAAUACUCAGCGUAUAAACCUGAAUUUGAGCUUGCUGAUGUUCUUUUUGUUAACGUGUGUUCUCCAUUCUCAAAAUUUCCAAUGUGUGCUGUGAGUACCUCAGGACCAGCUACUGCUGGAUUUUUUAUUUGAUUUACACAUUACCUAAGUAUGUUCUAACAUAAGUGGGUAAAAGUAAAAUUGUUUUUCUGAAAAUGUAUCCUGUGCUUUUAGAUUUCUAAUAUAAAGUACAUACUUCAUUUCAUUAGGAAUUCAACAUCAUAACAUCAUUUCUAAAACAGAAAUGUCCUUUUCUUGUGCCAAUGAUGCUAUAAAAAGGAAAAGUAAAGGAAUUUUUUUCUGCUCAAAAAUACAUAGUUACUGGAUAUUUCUAACUACAUUAAAAAUAAAGUAUGGCUUCAAACUGAA